UGAUGUUAUAACUAGAGUUCACAGUUCAUGAUGGCUGUGUUUCUCUACGUUGCUGCCGCAGCUGUGUUCAUCUACGUGACGGUUUAUUACGGUGUGUGCAGAGGAGCACGAUGCUCGAGCUCUGUAAGACUGGAGGGGAAGACGGCCAUUGUUACAGGCGGCAACACUGGCAUCGGCAAAGCCACUGCUUUGCAGCUGGCAAAGAGAGGAGCCAGGGUGAUCCUAGCCUGCCGUAACAAGGAGAAGGCUGAGAUGGCCGUUUAUGACAUCCGCAGGGAAAGUAGCAAUAAUCAAGUGUUGUUCAUGCAUUUGGAUUUGUCAAGUCUGAAGUCGGUGCAGUGCUUUGCUGAAACCUUCCUCGAGACUGAACCCAGACUGGACAUUCUUAUCAACAAUGCAGGUGUGAUGGGUCCAGGUCGCUCUGAGGACAGUUUUGGCUUAGCCUUUGGGGUAAACCAUCUCGGUCACUUCCUGCUCACCAACCUCCUUUUGGAGCGACUGCAGAGAUGCGGCCCCAGUCGUGUGGUCACUGUCGCCGCCCUCUUGCACCGCUUCGGAACCAUUGACUUCCCGUUACUGUCUUCUGUGAAAGAUUUGGUGUCAGGUGAUUCCACCUGGCACAGCAUCCAGGCCUACUGCAACAGCAAGCUGUGUAAUGUUCUCUUUACCCGGGAGUUGGCCAACAGGCUGGAGGGAACGAGCGUCACCUGCUACAGCCUACAUCCAGGUGUCGUCUACACAGAACUAUGUCGCAGUUUGCCGUUCUGGCUGCAGCUCCUCGUGAUGCCCAUUGCCAAGCUCUUCUUUAUGGACCCAGAAGGUGGGUCUCAAACCACCCUGCACUGCGCCGUGCAGGAGGGCCUUGAGCCUCUAAGUGGACGUUACUUCUCUAACUGUGCUGUUCAGGAAGCCUGUGUCAGGGGACGAGACGAUGCCCUGGCCAAGAAACUGUGGGAGGUCAGUGAGAGGUUAGCUGCUUUAACACAACCAACCGUUUCAUAACCUAGAAGUACCUGUGUGCAUAUGGACAUUAAGCAAAUUGAGACUUCAGCGUUUUAUGGUUGUUACCUUGUCACCAAGGAGCUAUUUUCUGAUACUUUUGUAAUGAUUGUAUUUAUCCUAGUGACUUUGACAAACCUUUUUAUAUAAAUAAUUUCUCUCUAGAUAUUGACUCAUUUCUAAUAAAAGAAACAUAGUUUCAGGUAUACAUGAGCUGGGAUUGAACAUGUCAUUUUAAAAAAAUAACAAACAACUAAUGGACAAAGUAACGCAUUAUUUAAAAGAUAGGCCGUUUUAUAGGACCUUGUCUGACACACCAGUAACACUAGUGCAUACACAGCAGCCCAUGGAAGCAGAUGGAAGGUUAGCUAUGACAGGCCUGGUACAGGAAAAUGAUUAACCAGCCAAAAAUGUUGAGUAUAAUAUCUUAAAACUGUGAGUUUGGAAUAAUCUGUGGAUGUAGUACAUGACACACACAGACGAAUUAAGAUGAAAAAUAAAUAUUUUUGUUAAUACUGUU